AUGUCUGGAUACAAGAACGAGCCUAUCGCCAUCAUUGGCAGCUCUUGCCGCUUCGCCGGCUCCGCCACUUCUCCCUCCAAGCUCUGGGACCUGCUCAAAGAGCCUACCGAUGUCUUGACCAAGAUUGAUCGCUUCGAUGCGGAUCACUUCUACCACCCUGAUGGCCAUCAUCACGGUACCAGUAAUGUCAGGCACGCCUACAUGCUUGAGCAGGAUGCAAAGGCAUUCGAUGCUACCUUCUUCAAUAUUCAGGCCGGUGAGGCUGAAUCCAUCGACCCUCAACAGCGUCUCAUGCUGGAGACCAUUUACGAGGGUCUUGAAUCCGCCGGUAUUGCCCUUGACGAUCUGCAAGGUUCGGACACCGCCAUGUUCUCCGCUGUCAUGUGCGAGGAUGCUUCCGGCAUCGCUUUUCACGACAAUGAGUCGAUCCCCAAGUACGCUGCCACUGGAACUGCUCGUAGCAUGCUAGCGAACCGUAUGUCCUACUUCUUCAACUGGAACGGUCCUUCCAUGACCAUCGACACUGCUUGUUCCUCGUCUCUGGUUGCCGUCCAUCAAGCCGUUCUUUCGCUGAGAGCGGGUGAGUCGCGUGUCGCCGUCGCAGCUGGUACCAACAUCAUCCUAUCUCCUCGUAACUUCAUCGCCGAGAGCAAUCUCAACAUGCUUUCGCCCGACGGCAGAUCCCGCAUGUGGGAUGCCAAUGCCAAUGGAUAUGCUCGUGGCGAAGGUGUUGCCUCUGUCAUAUUGAAGACCUUGACCCAAGCCCUUGCUGACGGUGACACUAUCGAAUGCAUCAUCCGCGAGACAGGAGUCAACCAAGACGGUCGCACCCCUGGUAUCACUAUGCCUAGCUCUAAGGCUCAGGGCGAUCUGAUUCGCUCAACUUACCGCAAAGCUGGUCUCGAUCUGACCAAGAGCUCCGACCGCUGCCAGUUCUUCGAGGCCCACGGUACCGGUACCAAGGCUGGCGACCCUCAAGAGGCUGGAGCGAUCUACCGGGCAUUCUUCGAAGAUACUGGUAUUACGGACGAGAUACUCCAUGUCGGAUCCAUCAAGACUGUCGUGGGUCAUACUGAGGGUACUGCCGGUAUCGCUGGGCUCAUCAAGGCCUCGCUGGCCCUCCAAAACAGUACCAUUCCUCCUAACCUGUUGUUCGAGACGCUCAAUCCUGAUCUGGAGACCUACGCCCAGAACCUGAAGGUUCCAACCAAGGCCUUGCCAUGGCCUGAACUGCCCGCCGGAACUCCUCGCAGAGCGAGUGUCAACAGCUUUGGAUUUGGCGGUACCAACGCCCAUGCCAUCAUUGAGGCAUAUGAGCCAGUCGGUAGCUCAGUGACCAAGGCCGUCGCGCUCCCUUUCACUUUUUCCGCACCUUCAGAGAAGGCGCUCGGGAUGCAGCUCGACACUAUGCUUUCCUUCAUUCGCGAGAACCAGGAUGUCAAUCUUUCGCAGAUGGCACUCACGCUCGCACAGCGCUCUACUCUCACCAUCAGAACUGUCAUAUCUGCUCUUACCGUCGAGUCUCUUGCGGAGAAGAUUGAAGCCAAACUUGAGGGCAGAAAGUCAAACAACACACCUCUUGGUAACAGAGCCGCAAAGGACUCCACCAAAAUUCUCGGUGUCUUCACUGGCCAAGGUGCCCAGUGGGCCGCUAUGGCUCGCGAAUUGAUUCUGUCCUCACCCUUUGUAGAGGGUAUUGUCAAUGAUCUCGAGCAGUCUCUCGCUCAGCUACCCGAAGCAAGCCGUCCUGAUUGGUCGCUCAGGAGUGAGAUGCUGAAGCAAGGCAAGGAGUCACGCAUUGGCGAAGGCCUGAUGUCGCAACCUCUUUGUACCGCUGUUCAGGUCAUCCUGGUUAACCUCCUGACCAAAGCUGGUAUCUCAUUCAAUGCAGUUGUUGGUCAUUCCAGUGGAGAAAUCGGCGCUGCAUAUGCCGCUGGCUUCAUCUCUGCUCACGAUGCAAUUCGCAUCGCCUACUACAGAGGAUACUACGCCAAGUACGCCAAAGGAGCCAACGGUGAAAAGGGAUCCAUGGUUGCUGUCGGGACUUCGAUGGAGGAUGCUGAAGAGCUGUGCGCGCUCCCCAGUCUCGAGGGCCGUAUCCAGAUCGCAGCAUCAAACUCCUCUUCCAGUCUUACUCUUUCUGGAGACGAGGAUGCUAUCGUAGAGGCUCUCGAAAUCCUCAAGGAUGAGAACAAAUUCGCCAGGCAACUCAAGGUGGAUACGGCAUAUCACUCUCACCACAUGAUCCCUGCCUCUGACAGGUAUAUCAAGUCAUUGGAAGAGUGCGAUGUCCAGAUCUUGACUCCACCUGAGAAUGCUCCAAGAUGGUUCUCAAGCGUCUACGGCGGCGACCAGAUGUCAGAGGAUAACGAUGAUCUCACCGGCCGGUACUGGGCCGACAACAUGCUGCAGCCCGUACUCUUUUCGCAGGCUCUGACAGCUGCUUUGGACGAGGCUGGUACCCCCGCUUUCGCAAUGGAGAUCGGCCCUCACCCCGCGCUCAAGGGACCCGCCAGCGCUACGAUUGAGGAGGUAACCGGUAGCAUCAUUCCCUACACCGGUACUCUCUCACGCAACGCCAACGAUGUCGAGUCUCUUGCCGAAUCCCUUGGCUUCAUCUGGACCUAUCUUGGUGCCCAGACUCCUAACUUCAAAGCGUACAAUGCUUUGUUUGGCAACUCUAGACAGGAGGUCCUUAAGAAUCUGCCUCAGUACACUUGGGACCACGACCGCACCUAUUGGUACGAAUCUCGUGUCUCACGUCUCUUUCGUGCGCAGCGCCCUCAGGCCACUCAUGAGAUUCUGGGUGUUCGCAUGGACUCUGAACUUGAAGGCGAGUACCGGUGGCACAACUUCCUCAAGCCAAGCGAAAUCUCUUGGCUGCGCGGCCAUACUGUACAAGGGCAAGUUCUCUUCCCGGCUGCUGGGUUCGUUGCUUUGGCUGUCGAAGGCUCCAAGACUUUUACUGCUGAUGAAACGGUCGCGCUCAUCGAGCUGCAUGACUUUAGCAUCCACAACGCUCUUGCGAUCGCCGACGAGAGCUACGGUGCAGAGAUCAUCACGUCGAUCAAGAGCAUUGUCAGAGAGAAUGACACUAUUACUGCACAAUUCAGCUGCGAUGCUUGCACAAACAGAGAUACUGGUAGCAUGUCCAGCAUGUCCACGGGCAUACUUGUGAUCAGACUUGGCGAACAGUCCGAGACGGCUCUCCCCAUCAGACCUACUCCCAAGCAUGAGCUGAGGAAGGUCAACGUCGAGAAUCAAUAUGCUAGUUUCAAUGACAUCGGCUACAACUACAAUGGCAUCUUCAAGGCCAUCACUUCGCUUAAAAGAACCACCAACCUAGCCAUGGGCAAGAUCCUCGUACCCGAAGACGCCACAGGCUCUGAUGCUUCAUUCACUGUCCAUCCCGCUGUUCUUGAUGUUGGUCUUCAAGUUACUCUGUGUGCCAUCGGUGCACCCUUCGAUAGCCGUCUAUGGACUCUACAUGUUCCCACUGUCAUCAGAAGAAUCAAGAUCAAUCCUAUGGUCUGCCCAGCUGAGGGUGGUCGUGGAUCUGAAGUUCUUGCCAACUCGGUACUUGCAAAGCAGGAAGCUGGCGAUCACGGUUUCACUGGUGACCUUUCUAUCUAUGAUCCUACAGGCGCCAACUGCUUCGUCCAGCUUGAAGGUGUCAGAGUCGAGGCUCUUGCUCGUCCCAACAAGGCCAGCGACCGUCACAUGUUCGCAGAGUCUGCCUGGUCGGUUCUAGAGCCGAACGCUGCCACCUGCUUCAAGGAGACCCGCGAGACGGACGAUCAGAGGAAUCUAUCCAUGUUGGUUGAGCGUGCCUGUUUGUUCUACUUGAAGCAGCUCCAUGAGACCAUCACCCUCGAAGAGCGCGAAGGAUGUGACGCCGACCGCUUGGCCAUCUUGAACUGGGCUGAGCAUCUCGUCGAGACUACUGCCGAGGGUUCGCACCCUCAUCUGCAAUCCGAGUGGCUAGCCGAUACCGAAUCCUCGCUCAAGCCUCUUCUCUUGUCAGCCGCUGAAACCUCUGACGACAUGCACAAAGUGAUGUUCGCUGGUGAUAUAUUGAUCCCAUUCGUCCGCGAUCAAGCCAACAUGCUUGAGGAGUUCAAGAACCACAGCCUGCUGGACUGGUUCUACAAGUCUUCGACCGUGAUUGCCGACUACAACGCAUGCAUGGGUGCUGUUGUCAAACAGCUUGCUCAUCGUUUCCCUUACAUGAAGAUAUUGGAGAUCGGUGCUGGCACUGGAAGCGCCACUCAGAGUAUCGUGGAACAGAUUGGCGAGAGUUAUUCUUCAUACACUUACACAGACAUCUCCGCUGGCUUCUUCAGCGACGCUGCUCAACUUUUUAAAGAUCAUGGUCACGGCUUUACCUACAAGGUCCUCGAUAUCGAGCAAGAUGUCGUUGAGCAGGGAUUCACCGAAGGCACAUACGAUUGUGUAGUCGCUAGCAACGUUCUCCACGCGACCAAGUCGCUUGAUCAAACCUUGAGCAAUGCUCGCAAACUCCUGAAGCCUGGUGGUUACCUCGUCAUGCUUGAGAUUACCCAAAUCGACUGGCUGCGUACUGGUCUCUUCUUCUCUUGCAUUCCCGGAUGGUGGGCCGGUGUUGAGGAUGGCCGUCCUUACACUCCCUUGGCCACCGAAACUCAAUGGGACUCUGCCUUCCGUCGCACAGGCUUCUCGGGCAUCGACACUGCCACUCCCUCGGACAAGACAAUCAUGGGACCUUACUCUGUGAUGGUCACGCAGGCACUCGAUACCCGUAUGGAAAUCAUGAGAACCCCGCUCAAGUCUGUACCUGAGAAGCAUCUUUGCGAUAAGCUGAUUAUCGUUGGAGGCAAGAAGGCAUCCACUCUCCAGAUCGCUCGCGAAGUCGAAAAGCUAGUGAAGCCAUACUACGGCUCUGUCGCCAUCGUCACAACUUUGCAGGAUGUUGGCAAGCACAACUUUUCAUCCAAGGAUGCUCUUAUGUCUCUGACUGAGCUUGAUGAGCCCCUCUUCAAGUCGUUCAGCGAGAAGAUGUACAAGGCAAUGCAAUUCGUCCUUGACGAAGCUCGCAAUGUUCUCUGGACUGUGCAAGGAUCCAGAACACAGGACCCUUACGCAAGAAUGAUGAUGGCUGUUGCCCGAUGCUUGGCCGGUGAACGUAGAGAUGCCCUCUACAUGCAAACCAUUGACUCCAACAUUGAUGAGCUGCCCAAGCCUCACCUCCUCGCUGAGACCAUGCUGAGAAUGCACCUCGCUGAGCAGUGGAGAAAUGCAUCAACCCCUUACGAGCCGCUCUGGUGUCUUGAGCGUGAGCUGCAUGUCAACAACGGUGUCCUGGAGAUUGAGCGCUUCAUCCCCAGCCAAGAACUUGACAGCCGUUACAACUCUGACAAGCGUGAGAUCAAGAAGGGCAUGCCGCUGAGCACCACAACCGUUGCAGUCAGCCGAGCCAAGUCCUCUUACCAGCUCAAGGAAGUCUUCAAUAUGCCCUUCCACAAGGAAGUCGUCAGCGCCGCCGACAUGGUGACUAUCAACGUCCGAAAAUCGUCCAUCAGUGCUGUCAAGAUCAAGUCAGUCGGUACCCUAUUUGUCGUCCUUGGCACUCAGGUCGGUACCGGGAAGAAGCUGUUGGCUUUCUCGCAAUAUUUGCAAUCCUCAGUGGCUGUGCCCCAAGACUGGACGGUGGAGUGCGACGUUGCGGACGAGUUUGAGAGCAGCAUCAUCUGGGCAGCUGCAACGCACAGUGCUGCUGACGCGAUCAUUGGCAAGGUGAAUUCCAAAUCUUCCUGUCUGGUUCACGAAGCCACUCCAUCUCUUGCGAGAACUCUGCUCAAGGUCGCUGGCGAGCAGAAGUUACCUCUGCUUCUCACUUCGUCAAAGUCGACCGAUGCCAUGUAUCACUACGUACAUCCUUCGACUUCUCAGGCACUAAUUGAAUCACACCUUCCUCAGAAUGUCUCAGUCUUCGCAGACUUCUCCGGUAGCUCCAUCAAACACGAUGGUGUUGGAAGUCGCAUCGCUCGCGCUCUUCCCACUGCAUGCAAGCGCAGAGAUGUUGCUGGUAUUUUGGGAAGCGAUGGCUUCGUUCAUUCCGAAAAUAAUGUUUCAAAGGCUCUCCGAGGAUACUAUAGCCGUGCAGUCGUGGAUCUUGCAUCCUUCCAGGACCCCACAACCAUCGCUCUCGCGAGCUUGCCUGACAACACAGUCGAAAGUGACAGCUUCAAGAUCAUCGAUUGGGCUGCCGAUGAGUCGGUGCCAGUCUCGACUUCAUUGGUUAAUGAGCAGCUUCGCUUCCGCUCCGACGGUACAUACUGGAUGGUUGGUGCAACCGGUGAGCUUGGUCUGUCCACUUGCCAGUGGAUGGCCAACCGUGGGGCUAAGUACUUCGCCCUGACCAGCAGAAAUCCAAAGGUUGAGCAAGCUUGGAUGGAUACUAUGACUGCUCAAGGCGUGACUGUCAAGAUCCUUGCGAUGGACGUCACAAGCAGAGACUCGGUCCGUGCUGGCUACAAAGAUAUUUGUGAUACUAUGCCUCGUAUCACAGGUGUCACCAACGCCGCCAUGGUGCUCGAUGACAACCUGCUCACCAACAUGCCUUACGAGUCUUUUGUCAAGACGCUCAAGCCCAAGGUCGAUGGCACUCUGUUCCUCGACGAGUUGUUCCCCGAAAACAAUCUCGACUUCUUCAUCGUGUAUUCUUCCCUUGCUUACGUUGCUGGCAACCACGGUCAAUCUCCCUAUGCCGCAGCGAACGGAUUUAUGACGGCUCUAGCAGCUAACCGUAGAGAAAGAGGUCUGGCGGGUAGUGCCAUGAGCUUCGGCGCCAUCUCUGGUGUCGGCUACGUCGAGCGCCGCAGCGUGGACAUCAAUCUCAGCCAGAUGAUGAGCAAUCUCGGCUACGCACCCGUCUCCGAAUGGGACUAUCACCAAUUCUUCGCCGAGGCCGUCCUUGCAUCUCCUCCGGACUCUGGCAGAAAUUUCGAGAUUUCGAGUGGUUGCAAGGUCUUUGAUGUCGCCAAGGAGUCCAACCUCCCUUACUGGCUUGACCUGCCCAAAUUCGCUUACUACCGUCGUGUCAAGGCACAUGCCUUUGCCGAGCAAAGCGAUAAGCGCCAGGUCUCUGUCCGUGCCCAACUCAAGGCACAAACAAGCGAGGAAGGUGUGCAGAAGGUUCUCCUGGACCGCUUCAUUUCCGGCUUGUGCACCAUGCUGCACAUAUCUGAGGAAGACAACAGAAUCACACCCGAGACCGGCUUGACGGAACUUGGCAUCGACUCGUUGGUUGCUGUUGAGAUCCGCUCAUGGUUCCAGAGCGAAAUUGAUCUCGAUAUGCCUGUGCUCAAGAUCCUAAGCGGUGCUAGCAUUGAGAAGAUGGUAGAAGACGCAUUCGAGAGACUUUCGCAUGACUUGACGCCGGAGGUCAAGAGAGAAGAAGUCAAGGUUGAGGUUCCGCAAGAAAAGGUUUCGCAAGAAGAGGUCCCGAGUGAGGAUAAUUAUCAGAGUGAGGCCCUUGUGUCUUCGGCCGAUGUCUCGGACAACUCGAGUACAGAUGGAGAGGUAUAG